CAGGCUGCGCCGUGCGCUCCGCCGAGCCUUGUGCGGGGGAGGGAAGCGGCGACAAGGAGCAGCGGCGGGGCGCGGCGCCAGCGCGGCACCUGGGCCCCCCGCGCCCCCCGCAGGCUGAGGGGCCCUCGGAGCCCCGUCGGGAGCGUGGUCGGCAUGAGCCAGGUGCCGAGGAAGCUGCCGGAGGAGGAGGGGGACGAGGAGGAGGAAGAGGAGGAGGAGAUCGUGGGCUUGGCGGGCUAUGCCGACGGGGCCGAGUCCUUCUCGGACGGGGACGCGGAGAGCGGCGGCGAUGAGGCGUUUUUGGAUUUCAAUGAUCCCUUCAGUACUGAAGUUAAGCCAAGAAUCCUGCUCAUGGGAUUGAGAAGAAGUGGGAAGUCUUCCAUUCAGAAAGUUGUCUUUCACAAAAUGUCACCGAAUGAGACUCUCUUCUUGGAGAGCACAAACAAGAUCUGCAGAGAGGAUGUUUCCAACAGCUCCUUUGUCAACUUUCAGAUAUGGGAUUUUCCUGGGCAAAUUGACUUCUUUGACCCUACAUUUGACUAUGAGAUGAUUUUCAGAGGCACUGGAGCACUGAUAUUUGUUAUUGAUUCUCAGGAUGAUUAUAUGGAAGCAUUGGCUCGUCUGCAUCUUACUGUGACCAGAGCCUAUAAAGUGAAUCCAGAUAUCAACUUUGAAAUCUUUAUCCAUAAAGUGGAUGGUUUAUCUGAUGAUCACAAGAUUGAAACACAAAGAGACAUUCACCAGAGGGCAAACGAUGACCUUGCAGAUGCUGGAUUGGAGAAGAUUCACCUCAGCUUUUAUCUGACAAGCAUAUAUGAUCAUUCUAUAUUUGAAGCAUUUAGCAAAGUGGUACAGAAACUGAUUCCACAGCUCCCAACACUGGAAAACCUGCUUAACAUCUUUAUUUCAAAUUCUGGGAUUGAAAAGGCAUUUUUAUUUGAUGUAGUCAGUAAGAUCUAUAUUGCAACAGACAGCACUCCCGUGGACAUGCAAACUUAUGAGCUCUGCUGUGAUAUGAUAGAUGUUGUGAUUGACAUCUCUUGUAUAUAUGGGCUAAAAGACGAUGGCACUGGAACUCCUUAUGACAAAGAGUCAAUGGCAAUCAUAAAACUGAACAACACAACUGUCCUUUACUUAAAAGAGGUGACAAAAUUCCUUGCUCUUGUUUGUUUCGUCAGAGAAGAAAGCUUUGAGAGAAAAGGAUUGAUAGACUACAAUUUCCACUGUUUCCGAAAAGCCAUACAAGAAGUAUUUGAAGUCAGAAUGAAGGUAGUAAGAUCUCGAAAACAUCAAAGCCACAUGCCAAAACCCAAAAGACCCACUCCCAACGGGACACCCAGAAUGCCACUGUGACAGAGGUGUUCUGGCAUUGUGGCAGGCAAGUUUCAUCAAGUUGCUGCGACUUCUGCAUCUGGUUGCACUGAGUGAAGUGGAAAACGGAUGGGACUGGUGUAAGACUUUCCCUUGAACGUUCAGGAAGCACUGGUUAAAUAUUUUUAUCCAAUCAGUUUUUUUGUUUUGGGUUUGUUGUUUGGGUUUUUGUUUUUUUUUUUUUCAUAUAGUGAGCACUUUGAACAAAAAUGUUGUAUAUAUCUAAGCAUUGAGGUGAACAACUGUAAGGAUUUUCUUAAUAUAUGCUGUAAAGCUUUUUUCAUGCCGUACUAAGAAGAAAAAAAACCCCAACCAGCUGUGACAAAGGAAUACUGGGUACAUAAUUUGCACUUUUUCAUGUUUUCCUUGUGGAGUUGGACUUUGAUAAACUUAAUUUUUAUGGUGAUUUUGAUGCAUGGUGUCAGGUAAGAAAACAAAACUAAACUGUAUGCUGUAAGUUUAUUUACCUGCAACAAUCCAAUUGGUUAGUAAACGAUUGAAGAAAAACUUGGUACCAAUGCCUUUUAAAAUUUGGGACAGCUAAUACCUAACAUUCAUACAGAUCUAAUUUCAUAUAUUUUUCAAUUUGUAAGCUGAAGAAUGAUUUUGAAGUAUUACAGCAAUAAGCACCUUACCAGGGGUCCUAUCUGGUAGGUAAAUAUUAGCUUUUGUAACAAAAAACAAACAGGCUUUUGGCCAAAUUUCCUCCAGAGUUCACCAUAACACUGGUCGUGCCCUCUGUUGGGUCUGGUUGUAUUAUUUACCUCAACAUAUGCCACUAAAAUACCUUUCUAUAAAUAUAAUUGUUUUGUAAAAUGGC